CCUCCAUCUGUAGAGAAGCCAUUUUUAUUUGCAUCGUGUAUAGUACAUUGGAAUUUACUACGAUUGUCGCAUUAUAAAAUGCCGCGAAAGAAGUCAGAGGAUUUUUACAGAACCCAUGGAUUUACCGCCAAUUUGGAGAAUGGCAAAUACUCAGCCACUUGUCACUUUUGCGACAAAGUACUACAAAAUACAGCGCUAUCCCGCCUAUCGUUACACAGGCAAACCUGCGAUGCCCGGCGAGGUAGAACUACUGUAAUGUACACCUCUGCGGACGAGAAAGAUCAGGAUGAGGCUCCCAGGAUAAAGAUCCAAAAGAUUUCGGGCGACGAUGAUGGCGGCUUGGGCAAUGCCAACGAAGGCAAGGAGAUCAUUGUUAAGAUACAACAAAUUCUAGAUGAUGCGGAAGAGGCAGAGAAGCCCAAAGAGCAGCCCAGAGCGAAAAGGGGGAUUCGCAAACGGAAACUGACCAAAACUGAAGAGUCUGGGGAGCAAAAUAUUGAAUUUGAAAUUUCUAACGUCGAGAUUAAGAAUCCCGAAUACGCCGAAUACAUGGACGAAAGCAAAGAACAUUACAUAUUGCAGCACAACCCGGAUGACAUGGCCAACGGAUCGGCCACGAUCAUCGAGGCCAGGCCCAGGAAUGGUUUAGCUGCAUUGCGAGCGGAAAAGGCGCGAGCGGAGAUCAGUCAGUUCCAGAGUAAGACGAAGUUCCUCAAGACGGAAACGGACAAUCUGAAAGUGGAGCGCACACUGACUAUGCUUAAGAUUCAGAAGCUUCGAUUGGAAAUCGACGCCCUACGCGAUUAAAGUGUACAUAAACUAUAAAUAACUUUUAAAUGUCCGCAUGGUGACCCCUUGUAUGUUCAAAGUGAAAAUUGUAUGUCUUGAAUUUAGCAUAGAUUUAUUACAUUCAAGUUUGUAAAGGUGAAUAUAAAAUACAUUAUUUUAAGCCUGACUACUAAA